AUGUCUGAUAUCAAUGAUCAAUAUGAUCCAUAUUUUCAAUGCUACAAUGCUGUAAAAUCUGACCCACUUUAUUACUACUGUGGUGAAUAUACUACAAUAAAAGAAAUUUCUCAAUCAGGAAUUUAUUCUGAUAAUUGCUUAUCAGGCAUGAAAAUUCUUGACUUGGGAUGUGGCUCAGGAAGAACCAUUGCUCAUUUAUUUGAAAAAGGGGCCUCUGAAGCUGUCGGUCUAGAUUUAUCCCCACAUAUGGUCGAAGAUGCAAUAAGAUUUUUAACUGAAAUCGGAAUUCCUCAAGACAAAUUUUUAAUAAAGCAAGCCAAUUGUUUUUCAUCAGCAGAGCUUUAUAACGCCUUACCAUUAGAGCAAUAUAGCGAGCAUUUUGAUGCGAUAACUGCACAAUAUUUGCAUUGCUAUGCAGAAAAUUUGGAUAAGCUUACUGAGUCAUUUUUAGUAUCCAAUAAAUGGUUAAAACGAGACGGAGUACUGUGCUUUACAGCCCCAAAUCCUAAGAUUGCGACAGAAUUUGAAUAUUUCCAAGAAUUAGCUGAAACCAGGAACUUUUUUCUUCAAUUUAAAAGCCUGACGCACUCAAAAGAACAGAUUCCAAAAGAAAAACUUGCUUUUAAUAAUCUAGAAACUGGCAAAGAAUUGUUCAGUGUUUCAACUUUUCUUUACCAAAUUAACCACUUUAGAGAGGCACUUAAUCGAGGCGGAUUUGAACUUAUCAGUGCUAAGGGGUUAGAAAUGAACCCUAAUUCUGGCUUAAAUCUUGAUGAUGACAGGAAUAUUUUGAGAGUAGGGGAAUACUCUGAUGGAUAUUCUUUUAAAGCUAAAAAUAAUAGUAUUUAA